UAUAAAAGGAAAGUUGCAGGAGCUGGGGGCUUAUGUUGAUGAAGAGCUCCCUGAUUAUAUUAUGGUUAUGGUGGCCAAUAAGAAGAGUCAGGAGCAGAUGACAGAAGACCUUUCCCUUUUCCUUGGAAACAAUACUGUCAGGUUUACUGUCUGGCUCCAUGGUGUUUUGGAUAAGCUGCGAUCUGUGACUACUGAACCAACUAGUGUAAAAUCUUCAGAAUCUAAUAUCUUUGAGAGCAACCUUCCUUCCAGCAAAAGCAGUUCAUGUGUGAGUGAUGAGAGGAGGCGUGAGGAUAUCUUGCCACCUCUUGCAGUUUCCAGCACUCGGACUGAACGAAAUGACUCAAGAGUUUCAACUAGCUCACAGGAACAAAGGAACACUGCUUCACGGCAGUCUUGUGAAGAUGGUUCUGCAUCCCGCUUAACAUCUACAGUCAAGCCUUUGAGGGAAUUGUCACCUUCUGAAGCUGUGAUUGACAUUAAACCUGAACCAGAUGAUCUAAUUGAUGAAGACCUAAACUUCGUGCAGGAGAAUCCUUUGUCGCGAAAGAAACCUAUUGUAACUGUAACUUAUGGUUCUUCUCGUCCUUCUGCUGAAAUCUACCGACCACCAGCUAGCAGGAGUGCAGAUGGCAAUAUGCAAGUGCACAGAUUGUCACAGCAGGGCAACUUACAGGGGAGCCGGCAGUUAGACACGCAAAGCUGCAGGUCUUUGGAAACAGGCCAGCUGUGCAAUCCAGAAGCAUUUGGCAGCUUAGCAGAGAGUUACAGACCCACCUCCAAACUUAGUGCCGAUAAAGUAGGCAAUGAGGAAGAAAGCUCCAGGAAGAGACGGUUGCCUGUUGUAAGCUCAGUAGUCAAAGUGAAAAAGUUCUGUAAUGAUGGGGAAGAUGAGGAGGAGGAGGAAGACUAUGGAUUGCGAACAGGAAGCAUCUCCAGCAGUGUGUCUGUACCUGCAAAGCCAGAAAGAAGACCUUCAUUGCCACCUUCAAAACAGGCCAAUAAGAAUUUAAUACUGAAAGCAAUCUCUGAAGCACAGGAAUCGGUUACAAAAACAACCAACUAUUCUGCUGUUCCACAGAAACAGACUGUUCCAGUUGCACCAAGAACUCGAAUUAGCCCAGAAGAAUCUCAGUUAGAAGUAAUCCAUGUGCAAAACAGACUGCCUGCUCUGAGUUCUCAGCUUCAAGUAGAAGAGCCAAAGGAGCAGACAGCUGAAGGAAUUCAAGGAGCUGAACAAAAGGAGCUCUCUUCUCGGCUCCAGAUUGAUCCUGUGAUUGAAGAUACCUUGCAAGUGACUCAAGAUUACUACGAUGCAGAAUCUAUGGUCCAUACAGAUACUAGGUCAUUUAUCCUGAAGAAGCCCAAGUUAUCUGAGGAAAUAGUGCCACAGAAUCAGCAAUUGGGAAAGAGGGCUACAGAGGCAAUACGAGUACUCUCAGGACGUCUGAUACAGACACG